AUGGGAGCUCCACCGGACGUCGAAACAGGCAACCAUCCUGGGCGCCUUCGAACCAUCCGUCGCAAUCGUAAUCGACGUCUCGCAUGCUUUCAGAAGAAAUAUCUCGUCUGUCAUGACAUUCCGGCGAAACCUACGUCCGCAGCAGUGGUUGUUGCCACGAUUCAGGCCUGGCGCUCUGGCUUCAAGCUUCUCCACAUCCGCGCCACAGUUAGCUUUCCUGCGGGGCCAAUAGUUCAACCGCCAAACCCAGUCAUGCGAUCGUUCCAUUCAGAUGCACGGAGUAUGCUACAAGAUGUCCAAUUAAUUAUUAAUUAUUCACAUGCUGUCAAGACGAGAGGAGCGCGUGGCGGCAGCUCUUUGCCCUUGCAUGCCGCCAAGACCAGCUUCUCAAACGUCGACGACCCCUGCGCUUGGCCCACCUCCAACAUGCUCGUGUAUUCGUACAGCGACACCAUCGGAAAAGAACUGGUCGAACUGGCCUCCAUCCACGCAUCUUCCGACUCGAUGCUCCACAGCCACGUGCGGACGUCAAACGGCAACGCGUCGACGAAGGGGCAUAUGGCAAAUGAUGAUGGUGCGCCGGACGCUCUCUGCAAAGAUCCACGCCCGCCACGGACUCAUGCUGCUGGGCAACUGAUACGGAGCCUGCUGCCACAGUUUAUACGCCAGCUCCAGCAGCAUGUCGUUGGCCGCCUUGAAACUCCGUUCGUCCUCGCCCUUUUCGGAGAGCCGAAUACACUGAGCGAGGAUCAACGCCUGGACGCACGCGAGAAGCUCUUCAUACGAAGCGGACCGUUUGGCGGACCGGAGAAGAUAUGCGAUGCGUUGCUUGACAAGCAACUGGAGCUCCGACGAGUCGCGUUUACCAUCAGCCAGACACAGGCUACAGACGGCGUGGAUUUCCCGCAUGGGCGGGGGAAGCGAUUUCCCGUAAAGACGAGGGUGGAUGAAGAUGGACUGCAUUUCCUGUGCGAAUGA